ACCUAGACAGUAUGUGAACACCCCGAAUAUAUGUUGUUAAUUUUAUAAUUUUGCUUUGGUCACAUACAUAUCUGAUUUACACAAAAUGACUCGGUCCAACUAUUGCGAUGGAUAAAAGAUCAACAAUAAAAUGACCAAUCUGCAAUAAUUUUACAAAAUUCCAAAAUCAAAUUUCCAAAAAUGGCAUGUUGCUGUAAGCCGGGGCGCGCAAACAAAUCAUCAACCAGUUGCUUGGGCAGAUGUGGUCUUCCAAAACAUCGAUGUUUAAUAAGAGACGAUGUUAAACCUGGACCGGUACCAAAGCAUAUGGGAUGGUUCUAUACAGCUAAAGAUUCGCCUGAACAUCAGCUACGAUGUGGAUGGCGUCCGGGCCACAUUGCCUGCCCCGUUCUCAGAAAAAUCGAACAGCACAACUGUAUGAAGACAAGCGACUGUACCCCAUGUACGUCAACAUGCACCAAACCCUCAUGCUCAAAGCCAUGUUGUGCACCCCCCAAAUGUAUUGCGGUCUGUCCAUCGUCAACAUCUUGUUGCAAACAACCCCCUUGCUCCCAACCUCUUAUUAGGAUCAUCAGACACGGAGGUCAAUACAAGAUAUGCACUAAACCUUCCAAUAUAUCCAAUGCACCCUCUGGUCCUUAUCCAUUGAAAUACGUGUUAAACGCAGACGACGAUCCUAGCUCAGAAGGUAAAUACAGUGUGGAAGCAAAGUACAAUGAUUACCAUUUCGACUACACAAGCUCUCAAUCGUCUUUUGUUCUGGAUUUUUCACCGCCGGAGCAGAGAUGCUUCAAACCUUGCCCGAAGAAAGUGUGAAAUGUAUGAUGUGUGAGAAAACCAACUUCCAUCUAUAUAAUAAAACUACUUUAUGGCUCACCAAUA